GCGCAUGCGCAGUGCGGCACCACAGGGCGGUGCAUGGUAAUAUGGCGGCGCUGCUAUAUGUGUUCAAAUGAGAGUUUCCAGAGUAGUUUUGAGGCUAUCGUAGCACUAAAAAGGACAAAGCCAACGUUUUUUUUUUUUCCCUCACCAAAUCCCUCGAUCCUCUUAAUUGCUGUGUCCAGGCUCCAUGUGUCUGACAAUUAAAUCCGCGGUCCGUGAAUUGGUAAUAGGCUGCGUUUAUUCCUAUGAGGAUGGUAGGAACGGUGCUCAAAGAACAUGUUAUCUGUCACAGGCUGUUUUAGACAAUAUAAUCCCACGUGAAGGGUGAAAUAACUGCUUCUGAAGCUUGCAGUGAGCAGCGGCUGCGAGGAGUCAGUGGGGUUGUGCGUUGUGGGAGCAGCACCGGGUUCCUGAGGGUAAGGAAAAUGAAGUGCCAGAGCCAUGUGUGAGUACGGCUGUCUGCUGGGACACAAACAGAAAACAUGGGAGUCCAUGUGAAUUACUGUGACCUCCAGUGUUACCUUUGGCAUACUAAACCUGUGUAGUGGAUCCCAGCCAGGAGCUGUGGAAUAGCUGUGAGAUGCUCCUUCUGAAGAGGAAAAUCUCGUGUUGGUAACGCUGCCUGAAUUCCCAAAGUAGGUCAGGAAUGCAGGCACGGAGAUACGGAUGUGUAGUGGGUGAGUCACGGUGUGAUCAGCUGUUCAGAAUGCUGUGUACUGCUUACAUUCCUUAGUUGCUAACUUGUGCCUGUAACAAUAAACAGAGGAAGCUUUACAUUGUUUUAUCUUCUUUUGUUGCACAGAAACGGGCUAAUUGCUUGUUUUCCCAGAGAGGGUAGCGCCAUGCCUGCUGGGGGGAGAGUGACUGUUCUCACAUAAAGCCAAACCGAAGAGUUUUCAUUGUGGAAACAGAUGAAACAGCCGUUAUCCUGGGGAAUCCUAAGCAGCCUCAACACAUCCCCAAAACUGGCAGCACUAACUGGGCCAAAUGUAGCAGAAGAGUUGCAUGCCUUCUCUGUGUGGUCAUAUGUGGACUCGCUGCAGCACAUCUGGCUGUGAAGCUGUUCCCAGGGUGAGGUAUGGUGACUGUUCAUCUCCUCUGGAGUCAUUUUUUUCCACCUCAGCAGUGAAGAGAUUGCAGUCUUGGUGCAGAGAACACUUGGUGAGAGGUAGUGCUGCAAAAUCUGCUGACGGAGCUGCCUGGAGGUGAAAAGUUUGAUUCUUUGGGGAGCUCUUUUACCACUCUCCUGAAAUGUCUGAGCUUUUCUUACCCAAGGUUAAUAUAAAUGCAGCCUUAGUUCACUUAUAAUUGUGGUAAAGUUUAUGUAGUGCAGUUUCUAUAGAUAGGUAGCAGGUGGUGGGAGGGGAAUGCAAGUACUGUUUAUCCACUGGAUGGUGCUGUUGUUUUGUGCAAACAGCAGAGGUCCUGAGUAGCUCCAACUCAAAACCUCAGGUACUGUUUUUCUUCAGCAAGAAUUAGGAAGAAAGAUGUGCACAGUCUUUUCCUCCUUAGGAAAUUUCUGAUGAAUCCUGUAUGUUGUGAUCUGCCUUUUUUUUUCUGGCAUUCCCGGGACUGGCUGAACUUAAUUACUAAAUAUGGGAAAAGUCAUAUUUUCACUGGUUUCCACCCAGCCUGUUUCAAGUCUGAGUAAUUCAUCCUCCUUGGGACCAGAUUAUUGUUAUUGUUUUUAAUGUAAAUCUUUCCUUGGUCCUUCAGUUCCCAAGAGUUCAGCUUUGUUUCAUCUGCAGGAUGAGUAUUUGUUGGCUCAGUCAAGUGCACUCAGUUAGCUAAGAGACACUGGAAUAAAAGUUUGUUGUCAAGAGGACUACUUGUGUCUGAAGGAAGAAGACUUAUGUUUCAAGGAGCAGUGCAUGAAAAUUGUAGGUUAGGUGUUGCCAGUUAUUCCUCCUGUGUGGGCUGGGUUUCCUUGACCUGCAGCAAAGGAUUCCUGUGUCAUAUCCGUUGUCCUUGUGGUAGGAUAGAGCUGCAUGGCAUUAACGAAGAAGCAGAAUAGUAGGGCAUAUGAAUCCCAGUCACCCUGAAACAGCAGAAGUGGCAUUCUCAAGGCUUGUUUCUAGGGGGAGAUUGUAUCUUUCAGCUAUUUUCAGGCUGCCCCCCGUCCCUCUUCCCUCUUGUGUGUAGACCAUGCCAGUUUCAACAACCCUACCGCUGCACUGUUAAAUUGUCAGUGCUGUGAGUGGGAUAAUGAGACAGUUCCCUAAAAUGUCCUGAGGAAAUUGCACACUGUCCCAUACAACCCAGCUGUCUUCUAUAAUCUGUCAGCACAGUGGAGGUGGAGAAAUUGCUGUGUGGUUUUACACCUGAUUCAGGCAACUGUAGGAUCCCUUGUGCUGCCCCUGAGGUCUUCAGGAGACUUUGGUUGCAAGCAUUCUCCCCUAUAUCUGUUCUUACAGACAACAUCCACACUGGAGAGCAAAAUGAGAGUAGAAAGUCUGAUGACGAUGUAGUGGGAAUAUAACUUAAACAGAGAUAAAUUUCUGUGUGAUACAAAGACAUAAAAGAAAACCCUGCACCAUAGGUUUGUGCUCCUCGAGGAAGAGCCUUCUGGGAAGCACCCAACACGGGAAUAUUCUGCCUGGGAUGCGAUGCAGCUGUGCGAUGUGAAGGUCCUACAGAUGGCGGUGUCAGCCACACUGCCCCUCCAGGGACGUGCCUGAAAAAGUGUGUGGUGCUGAAGCGUGGCUGAUAGCAUUCUUCCAGGGAAGACCAUGUUUCAGUAUCAGCUGAAGGAAACACCCUAACCUAAUUUGCAAGUGCUUUCAGAUAAAUUACUUAAGUGUCAUAAACCUAACUGCCUGUUGUAUUCUAUUGGAUGCUCAGACUGCUCUGCCAUUAAGCUUCACAGAGUAGCACACACAGUUAAAUUACCAGAACAGUUACUUUCUAAAGUCCUUAUUUUCACUGAGUCAUUGGAUCAUUUGGGUUGGAAAAUACUAGUGAGAUAAUUAAUUCCGUCUGCUUUGAUAAGAAGCAACCUCUUGGUUGUUUUAUGUGCUCACUCAACAAAUAUUAAUUUAUUUGAAGUAAAUUGGGCUGAUGUUUACUUACAGUUGCAAAAUCGAGGCGUAAAUAUGAAUUCAAAUAUUGAACGAAUGUUGGCUGGAACAAGAUGGGUAUCAUAGAAACUGGUCAGUGGAAUGCUAUCCUGGUUUUAGCUGGGGAGAAUUAGUUUUCUGCCUGGUGUUUGGUACCAGCUGUUAGCUCACUCCUCUGUACCUCAAUGGGAAAGGAGAGCAAACUGCAAAAAAAACUCAUGGAUUGAGAUAAAGUCAGUUUAAUUGGACAGAAAAGGAAGGGAAAUUAAUAAUGUUAAUGACAAAAUAAUAUGCAAAACAAGUGAUGCACAGUGCGGUUGCUUCCCAGCCAAAGAUGGCCAGUCAUUGAGCAGUGCUGUGCCAUGCUUUGCACUGGAGUAGUACCUAUCCUUAUGAAUUGCAGCUUAUAGGAGGAGAUGUAUAAUGCUAUUACACAUUUAUUUGAAACAGACUGGCUGGUCCCUUUUGGCUCUAUCUGACACCGUGCAAACCAUCCUAGAGAUCUAAUGCCUGCAAGACAAACCCCAAUUGAAAAGAUGCUAAGUAGCUCCCAGGGAACUGGACGAGACUGGUAUGCCAUUCCCGAAUGCAAGAAUCUCACAUUUCCACUACAAUAGCACAGUGUGCUGCUCUCCUUCUCAUGAAUGUCUUUGCCUGUGGUUUUCGCAGCAUAUUUAUAGGUGGUGUGCAAAUGGGGUGGCAAAGAGUCACCUUCUGUCCAUGGCUGACAAAAGUUAAUAGGAGUGAGGUGAAGAAAAGUAGCACAAGGCCCUCCUGCUUUCUAGAUGAAGUAGGAGAACUUUUGAAUAGAAGACAGUAGAUAAAAGAGAAGAGAAGCAUGUGGUUUCCAGCAGUAAACCCAUCUUGCCUUUCACAAGGUCCCGUGGCUUUGUUAUUCUUGCAGCUAAAAAUCACUUUUCUGAUGCAUCUACCAGGGACAGAGAGGAAGGCACUGUGAGGCUGCAGUUUUCCAGCUGUAAGGCAGGGACACCAUGAUGAACACCACUCAAGAAGCAGGCUUACAGGGUACUGUAAGCACUUUUCACACCAAAGGAUGCCAAAUGGCACAGUUGUCCUUCCAGCUCUAAAGAGGGGUGGUUUCUGAUGCUGAGUCAGUGGGAAGAAUAGGGGAAAGACCUUUACAAAGAAGUUUUUCAUGUCUGGCUUGAAACGUGGUAGACCAGCACAGCUAUGAUUUGGUGCAGGUCCUUAUUUUUGCAGGCAUAUGUGAAAUGCUGAAAGGUGUGCCUGCAUUUCUUGCUAGGGGUAUAGAGAAGGAUUUGUGGUCCUUAUGUUUCUCUCUCCAGAGUGGCAGAGAAUCCAGCAAUGCUCCCAAUCCUAGCAGCUGCUGUACAGGAGUAGAAGGGCUGAUUUUCAGGUGAGGAGCCAGCUGACCACGAGUUCAACGCAUCAGCUGCUCACCUGUCUGCAGUACUGCCCUGCUGCUGAGUAAACAGCUCUCUCAGAGGUUCCACGGAAGGAACAGAAUAUUCUCUAAGUUCCCAUCGAGAGGUGAAUUCAUUAGGAAGAAACCAGAGAGAUGAAGUUCUUAGGAAGAAAUCCCGUUACUGCUGAUGUAUUUACAGGGACUCCAUCUCUUUGCUGAGAUGCAUGGUUGGGACAAGUGUGUGACAACCCUGCGUGUGCCAGAGGGGCUGGAACUAGGUGAUCUUCAAGGUCUGUUACAACCCAAGCCAUUCCGUGUUUCUUUGUCUGCAAGUAUGGCUGCUCUUAUAAUUCACACCAACGCUCCCAGUGAUGCCUCCACCAGAUUAGAGGCAGCUCAAGAUUUACCAAAGCAUUGCACAUAUGCUACAAGUGAACACCCAAGAUCAGCAAGGUUCAAACUAUUCUGCUAAUGGGAGAAUUUCAAAGGUUGGUUUGGAGAGAGACAUUGCAUGGCUCGAACUGAAUACUGCUGUGAGUACACCAAGUGGGGAAGGGAAGGAAGAGCAGAAGAAAACAGUGAAACCAGUUGCCAAGGUGGAAGAAGCCAAGGAGAAAGUGACUGUGAAACCAUUCCCUGAGGUGGUGGGGAUCACAAAUACAACAGCAUCAACAGCCUCUGUGGUGGAGAGAACAAAGGAGAAAACAACAGCGAGACCAGUUCCAGGGGUGGGGGAAGCUGAUGGGAAGAGAACAACGCUAGCACUUCCCAGCAUGAAGGAAGACAAAGAGAAGGCGACUGUGAAACCAUCCUUUGGGAUGAAGGUAGCUCAUGCAAACAGCACAUCCAAAGAUAAACCAAAGGCAGAAGAGCCUCCUGCAUCAGUGAAAGCCAUAAGACCUGUGACUCAGGCUGCCACAGUGACAGAGAAGAAGAAACUGAGGGCUGCUGACUUCAAGACUGAGCCGCAGUGGGAUUUUGAUGAUGAGUACAUACUGGAUAGCUCAUCUCCAGCAUCGACCUGCUCUGAAUCAGUGAGAGCCAAGGCUGCCAAGUCUGACUGGCUGCGAGAUCUUUUCCUGCCGAACAUCACACUCUUCAUAGACAAGAGUUACUUCAAUGUCAGUGAGUGGGACCGCCUGGAGCAUUUUGCACCUCCCUAUGGCUUCAUGGAGCUGAAUUACUCACUGGUAGAAGAAGUCAUGUCACGGCUGCCUCCAAAUCCCCACCAGCAGCUGCUCCUGGCCAACAGUAGCAGCAACGUGUCAACGUGCAUCAGCUGUGCUGUUGUGGGGAAUGGAGGGAUAUUGAAUAACUCUGGAAUGGGCCAGGAGAUUGACUCCCAUGACUAUGUGUUCCGGGUGAGCGGGGCUGUAAUCAAAGGUUACGAAAAGGAUGUGGGAACAAAAACCUCCUUCUACGGAUUCACAGCGUACUCCCUGGUGUCCUCUCUCCAGAACUUGGGACACAAAGGGUUCAAGAAGAUCCCACAGGGGAAGCAUAUCAGAUACAUUCACUUCCUGGAGGCAGUUAGAGACUAUGAGUGGCUGAAGGCUCUUCUGUUGGACAAGGAUAUCAGGAAAGGAUUCCUGAACUACUAUGGGCGAAGGCCCCGGGAGAGAUUCGAUGAAGAUUUCACAAUGAAUAAGUACCUGGUAGCUCACCCUGAUUUCCUCAGAUACUUGAAAAACAGGUUCUUAAAAUCUAAAAAUCUGCAAAAGCCCUACUGGCGGCUGUACAGACCCACAACAGGAGCCCUCCUGCUGCUGACUGCCCUGCAUCUCUGUGACCGGGUGAGUGCCUAUGGCUACAUCACAGAAGGUCACCAGAAGUACUCGGAUCACUACUAUGACAAGGAGUGGAAACGCCUGGUCUUCUACGUUAACCAUGACUUCAACUUGGAGAAGCAGGUGUGGAAAAGGCUUCAUGAUGAGAACAUCAUGAAGCUCUACCAGAGAUCCUGACAGUGUGCCGAGGGCCAUUGCCUGGGAAAUCUCAACAGCACCUCAUGGGGAACAGAAGAGGACCUCGGAAGCCAGGGUUAGCUCUGGACUUCCAGGCCCAGCUUCAGCUCCACAGAGAUAUUUCCCUCCUUUGGUAUCUUUAUUUUCUCACAACACUUCCUAAAAUGUGCAUAUUCUACAGACCAAGCGAACAGUAGGGAAAAGUGCCUCCAAACAAGGUCCCAUCUGACUUGUGGACGGUUGUAGGCUCUGGUACUGGGAAAGAGGAAUCCGGGAUGAAUCCGAAUAGCAGAUGUUCCAGUGCCCAUUAUCUUAAUCAGGUUCUCCCUCUGCAAGGAGAUGCUCUUGGGGCUGGGGCUAGUUUUGCUCUAGGUGGGUUCUCUCUGUGAGUAGUGCUUGUUGUGGAGCUGGGUGUUUUGGGUAAGCAGUGGAUAGAAAUGGAGACACACACAAUCCUGUCUCAAGAGGAUGAUUUGUGUCCUGGAGGUGCUGCUGUCACUCUGCUCACUGCAGGCAUAAAGGAACACUUCCAAAUGAAACUCAAUUCCCAAUGUGACUUUGCUGUGACACCUCCUGGGGAGCACUGUGAUGUCUGGUGCCCAGCCUGCUGCCCUUGGCCUAGUUCACCAUCAGCACAAGGGAAGGGGAGAGCCCUCCGUAGUGCAGCAGAAUGCUGGACAUUGUACCUCUUGCUGUGGGGUUCCCCUGGCUGCAGACUACGUGUAGUGAGUCUGAUGAAGAAGCUGGUGCUUGGCUGUGCCAGGAGCAUGGUGCUUCCUCUUCUACCAGGAGAAAUGAGAAUUCUCAAUGUCCAUGGAUGGAUGCUGUCUGUCCUUGCUGCUGGCUGGAGUGCCUGCCUACAUUGUCCUGAGAAAAGCACUGUUACAGCCAGUAAGCCUUUGGAGUAUUGGCCUUCUGAGUGGGCUUUUGCAAACAAAAUAAACGGCACUGCUUUCCCCAA